AUGUUCCCUUUAGGAUGUGGCAUGCGUCCAGCCUUCUCCCGAGUGGUGAAUGGCCAGGACGCCAGCCCUCAUUCCUGGCCGUGGCAGAUUUCUCUUCGUGUGCGUGGAGGACAUAUUUGUGGCGGAUCCCUGAUCAGAGAUGACUGGAUCGUAACUGCGGCACAUUGUGUUUAUAGGAACCCAAACCCAAGUGGAUACACGGUUGUAGUAGGUACGUUACAAUAUAGAAACUGACUAGUUUUAAUUUAUUGAGAGAAAUCACCGCAUUUACUACAGCGACUAAGAAGGCUAUGCAAUCUAAAACUCUUGUUCUUUCUUAGCAAUACACUCCGCCGGGGCAUUCAAGGGAAAUUUGAGUAGGGAUGUACCGCCGAGACCUUAAAAGCCUUUACCUUGUCGGCUUAAGACAAAAAUCAUUCAUCUGACCAGCCUGUUUAAGUAAUUAUAAAACUAGCAGCAUAGAAAAAUCAGAUCUUUCUGAGAAAAGAUAGUUCAUACCACUCAUGAUCAAGUAGGCCGUUGAUCGUCAACCUGCAGAUUAUUUUCCAGGCUUUCGAUCCAAAAACACACCCUGUCCAAGACGUCAAAUAGUGAAAUUGUCAGAGAUUGUACGUAUGACCUAUUCAAGACUCAAGACCCCCCAAAAACCAUACCCCAGUGUUCAUCGGCACGUGCAUACCCCUCUAGGCCUCAUAAGGGAGUGUCUCCUUGUAUCCUUUGUACCACUUCAAUGAAAUUCUAGAUAAAUUACAAAAAACAGUCAGUCAAAGAGCCAUUGGCUCCUGCGAACUACAAGUCAGUGUCGCGCGAUAGGUAAGUACUUUUAAAACAUCCUCAGGUACCUCCAUAAAGGACUUGUAACUCAACUGGCAAGCACUGGAACAUAGUGCAACUUUUACAAUUUUGAAUUAUUCCCCACUUACUUGAACUUUUCUUUAUUUUUUCAAGUGCGUACAAUGAAACCACCUUCCUGCAAAUUGUAGUCCGAUCCAGUCAUUAUUUCAGAGGCUCAGCCGGGGUGUAUUAGCAUACCAUGAUACCCGAAUUAAUUAAGCCAUUUUCCCAAAAUUCCCAAGGUUUUUCUCAAAGUUAAUCUAUUCCUAAAGGAAACGCAGUGCUGGGUACUGUUUGAGACUGUUUUAGGAACGCUGAGCCGCUCACUUUUAUAACAUUACAGGCGGCCACAGGCGAACUGGAAGCACUUCUGUACAACAAACACUUAAAGUGAAAACUCUUCAUAAACACAGUGGAUUCACCAUGCAGAAUCUCAAACAUGAUGUGGCAGUUCUUCAGUUGGAGCGACCCGUGAAACUGAGUGACAAAGUAAAUACAAUUUGCCUUCCAGACAAGGAUGCAGACUUGAACUCCAAAUGUUACAUAACAGGUAGGGUUUGAAUUUCACGCGCUUUAUGACUCCCGUAAAACGUUGUCAAUAACCUGCGGUACAUUAUGCUUUUGUUUCCUCACUAAAAUGCUCCACCUUAAUGCUCUGGCUUUUUUUCUCCACUGAGUAAAUGCUUGGUCUCCCCCCAAAACUCACUAAAAUGUUCGAUAAAACUCAUCCGUCCGAGGAUUUCCCUUUUUAAAUUUACUUUUACGUUUCGGAAUUUUAUCUUAAAGUGUUCUUAAAGUGUUCGCAUUCUGAAUUCCUUUUUUUUUUUAAUUUUCAUUUUUUUUGCGAAAAAGACUGGGUGUAUAGCUUUCCGGGAAAAUUACUCUAAAAUGCGCGAAUAAUGCUUAAUGCUUUUGCCUCACUAAAAUGCUCGAAAAAAUAAUGCGAGCAUAAUGUACAAACGCCAUCGAAUCACUGAGACAACUUCGGGACCAUAUUAUUAUUAUCAUUAUUAUUAUAUUGUUUUUUUUUAUCCUUUUCGCACUCUUGCGCGCGAUUAGCCUGCGAAUACAGCCGCUUAAAGCUCGUAAAGUAAGUAAAAGCUUUAUUAAUGUGUCAGUGUAUUUAGUUUUCACAACUAAUUGGGGACACACACAAAAAAUUAAAAUUAUUUACAAAAGAAAUUUAAAAAAAGUAUAUACCAUUAAAAUAUGUAAUAUAAAACGUAGUCUCCAAAAAUUGCAAAGGUUACAGCAGCUAUUGCAGUUGUUUAAGACUGACGUUAGGUCUUUUUUCCUAAUAUUCUUUUUAAAAGGUUCAAUAUUCGAGGAGCCUUUCAAUUUUUUAUCUAUUUUCAACCAUAUAUGAGGUCCUUGAUAUCUAAGAGAAUGUUUUCCAUAGUUAAUAGUGUUAAAAGUAGGAAUAUCAAAAUCAUUGUUUGUUAGUGAAUAACUGGUGCUUUUCUGCGUAAAUAGUUUGUUCUCAGGCAGAGAAGCCUGAGAACGAGAUUGCAACCGCCCAUCAUCCGUCUUUGUCCCCACUGCUUCUCUUCCAUUUCUUUAAGGGAAAGCCCUGGGGAUGAGGUUGUCCAUCAUCGUUUCCCUUCGAUUCCCCAGUGAGGUUCGCGAGGUGCAUUUUGGUUAAAAAAGAAUUCCAUUGUACUGGUAGACAAAUCGGAAACGUUAUAGAUCGUAGAAAUGACUUCAACCCAUGUAGAACCGCGAGCCGCAUGGUCAAAGCAUUUUUCCCAAUUUUAUAUCACCGUCUAAAAGUCGAAGAAGUCCUCGUGGUACUGUUACGUUAUGUAGUUAAGUAAUAGCACCAAACUUAACGUCAGAGGUAUAAGCGAUCACUUCUAUUCGCCUUUGAUAAGUAGACUGGUACUUCAUAGGCUUGACAUCCGAGUGAAAGUCUUUCUUUUUCUGAAAAAAAAAGUGUAUUUCUUAUAUUUCGCUACAUUUACUCUAUUUAUUUAAUAUUUAUUCAUUUAUCUAUUUAUCUUUUUUACUUCUGGCGAGUAAAUCUCUAUUUCUCAUAGAACCUCACGCUUCAGAACGUUUAUAUUCUACUCUUUUUUUAUAAACAUCGUGGUCUGAAUAGCAUGUUAUUAUAUCGCUCUAGUCCCAGUUGUUCAAACGUUGGAUAGCGCUAUCCACCGAAUAAAUCACUAUCCAACAGGGCCCGGUCCCUGAGAGGCUGACCAGCGCUAAUCCAGGAUUAAAAUUUUGUAUCUCUUUUUUGUUGUUUUUUCAAACUACCAGCAGUCUCUCUUUUUUCUGUAGUCCGUCAGGCAAAACGCGAAACACGCAAAUGGCCACGCGCGUGACUGAUGGGGCCAGUCUCUCUUUUUUCUGUAGUCAGUCGAGCAAAACGCGAGACACGCAAAUGGCCACGCGCGCCCUCGUUUCGAGCGUCUCGAGGCUUCGCCACUCCCGCGUGCGUGCAUUGUUCUCACUAAAGCUAAAGAAAAAGAGAGACUGCUCGCAGUCUAUUGUUUUUUACCUUCCUAUGUAUCGCUUGAAGGAGUCAAUUUAGGUUUCUGGGAAAUUGCCCACCUACCCCUCCCCUAAGCCAACAUUAUCCGUUAGUUCUCCCUUGGGGCAAAAUGUUGGCUUAGGGGAGGGUAGGUGGUCAGUUUCCCAGAAACCUAAAGUAAUAUUUCGUGUUAUCAUUAGUGUUUCUGUUGGCUCAAAGUUGCUCAACAGUAUUUUGUAAAUUCGAGUUGCAUGCUGUUAGGCAAGAAAACCUUGCUUAAGAUUUGGCUUAUAAUCCCAGGUCUGUCUACAUGGAGGUGGGGGACUCCAGGUAGGUGAGGUAACCCGCUUAGGUGGGGUAACCUGCCUGUCCAUAUAAUCUCUCAUUUUAAUUUGAUCACGUUUACUUGAUAGGUGGGGUGACCCGCCGCAUGCUACCUCACCUAUCUGGGGUUCCCCACCUCCAUGUAAACAGGCUCUUAACAGGAGCCGAUUACUAAAAGUGAUCGGCUCCUGCUCUUAACCAUCUUUCGAGGAACCGUGGCCAGAUAAGUACAUGUAUUACGGAAACCAAUUGUACUAUUCACUGGAUAGAGAUUUACCCAAAAGGAUAGCGCUGUCCACCUUUUGAACAUUUCGUCGCCCAGAAUGCCGCGACACAUCCGCGACCUUCUUACCCUCCAGAGCGCCAAAUUUAAAAAGCUUCCUUCUGACACAGUAGCCACAGUAGCGGAACAAGGUGUACGUUUUACUCCAUCACAAAAAGCUAAGUGCUUUGGCGGUUAAGUUUACCCUGGAUUUUUCAGAAGAGGUGUCGAGGAAUCAGUUAAGACUAUUCUCAUUUUCCUGGGACUUGUAAGUAUCCAUUUAUGCACUUUACGUUUGCUCACUUGUAGGGUGGGGUCGUAUUUCUGGCGGAGGACCAGCAGCAGAUAUCCUGCAACAAGCCAAGCUACCCCUGGUCUCCCAUACUGACUGUAGAAAAAAGUAUGGCUCAGUGGAUCGCAAUGCUCAUUUGUGCGCUGGCGAGGGACGCGCAGCUGCCUCAGGGGGAUGUAAUGGGGACAGUGGUGGACCACUGGCUUGUGAGAUGGGAGGAAAGUGGUAUCUACAUGGAGCUGUCAGUUUUGGCAGGCGAAACUGUCCUACUACUCACUUCACCGUGUUUGCCAGGAUAACGAGCUACAAAUCAUGGAUUCUGAACAAAAUAGGUGAUUAAGUACUUUCACGGCUAUGAGCUUUCUUUAGUAGCAAAGAAAUUUCGCGAUCGUACAGAAACUCUCUAUUUUGAAAGUUUAGUUAAAAUAGUUAAGAUAAUGCAUCAGUCAUCCCCCACACCGUCCCCCCUCCCCCCACCGACCUUCAGGUUUAAGCCGUGGCUUAAAGCAGACAGCUCAGCAACGCCGGGAUUCAACUAACGAUCAAGAUGGGGAUAACCCAGGAAAUUUCCCAUAUGUAUCAAUGUCAGCAGAGCCCAAGCCACAUUUGCCACCAAAAGUAACAAAGGAUUGUGUAGAAUAGAUAGCGUUUGUAAUGUUAUCGGAGAACUCAGCAAGACAAACCCGCCGGGCACAAGAAAUUCCAUUGCAGACUUGAAUUUGAGUCAGAUCUGUAUUCGAUAUGAUUGACACGGGUUAAGCGUUUUAUUUGGUUCUGAAGUACUGAUAUUCUGCAAUAGGGUCCCUCCGUUCCUGGUAUUGGAAAACAGGCCAUUUUGUUUCUCCAUUUUCUAUAAGGUUAACGUUAUAAGAAAGAUUUACGGGGUGGAUGUAAUAAGAAACAUUCAAAGUCGUUCCUAAAGUGAAAGGAAGUCAAAAGGAUUUUGUAGACGUGGUUUGUGGAUCUUUGUGGGGUGCUUCAUCUUACCUCAAUUCGUACCAACCCAUUAUAUUCAGUGGUUGUCUAUAAGUCUACAGUAAUAAAAUAUGAAAAGUUCUUUGAGUGUACGGAGGAUUAUUUUGUUCUUGUCAUCCACAGGAGAAGGAGGACCGAAUCCACCUGCUCCUCAGACACCCCGACCACCCCUACCCACUACACCUGGAGGUGAGCCAUUGUUAAAUUAUUUUAAAGUUGUACGGGUCAAGAACUGAAGGAAACAGUGAUUGAAAACUGAUCUGCCUAAUAGUUGAUAAUUUUAUAUGAAUGAAGAUCAUGGCAGUUAUAUACGCAACUUUUGCAGUUGCGAAAAGGAAGCCUGAAAAAACGUCUGGCUUGUACGGGAUUCGAACCCUGGACCUCUGCGAUGCCGGUGUAGCGCUCUACCAAUUAAGCUAUCAAGCCAACUGGGAGCAGGUCGUUGAAUUGGUUGGUUAUAAACCCGUGAAAGGAUGAUGAUGUUGCGUUAUGAAUAUAUGAAAAUCAUAUAUGUGAACUGCGGAGCUAGUGAAGAAUUAUAUGAAUGAAGACCAUCGCAGUUAUAUAUAUAUGUGCAGUUGCCAAAAGAAAGCCUGAAAAGAAUUCAGGCUUGUAAGGAAUUCGACCCUUGACUUCUGAGUUCUAGUUUUUUCCCCCUUCAUGACAUGACGAAUAUUGGAGCUUAUUCACUGGUCUUGGUAUAUAAAUACCUAUAUAUGUUAUAGUUUUUUCAAAUAUACAUUUUCUGCAAAUUAUUGGUUAAGGAAAGUUUUUUUCAAAUUUAAGUUUUACCUAGUUAUUUAUUCAUUUAUAUUUUUUUCCACAGACUGCAAGGAUCAGUUUAGUCGGUGUCGGUUUUAUAAACGCUACUGCAUCCGCAGUAGUUACAUCCGGAAACGUUGCAAAAAGACUUGUCAACUCUGUAAGAAAUAGCAGAUGCCAGUGUUUAAGAUAGGUCCAAACAAAAAUACGAAAAUAGCUUGUAGGAGCUGUUGCUGACGGGGUGGGUGUUAGAUACCACAAACUCCAAAAAUGUUUCAAAUCAGGAUCAAAUUGAUUAGCUUUUUCGUACCAAAAGCAGUAAAAACGCUAUCUGAUAAGGCGUAUUCUCUCGAGAACGCGCGAGCGAGCGGCGAAGCCGCGAGGGGCCGCGUUCUCGCAAGGCUCACUUCGCUUACCCAAACAGGAGAGCUUGAACGCAGGCUAACGCGAGCUCCGAGGGCGAACCCGCGAGCCGCGAUAAACGAGGGCCGAGAAGAAGAAAAAAUAACGUCUAUUCUCGUCUCGUCCCAGCGCCUUAUUGUGACGUCGUGCCGGUUUGCAAUCGCGCUGGCUGCUGGGAUGAGAGUUAGACGGAUUUGAAGAGAAAAAAGAGUAUUAGUCAUGACGCUUGCCAUGAAUAUGGCGAAAACGAGUCAGUCAUGUUUGGAAGAUUUCGUUAAAACUAAAUUUAGAAAAAUAAUGCUCCCGCAAAAACAAGGCAAUACACAUCACACGUGUUUCGACUUUACUGAUUGUAGAUGGAGUAUUUAUUCAUUCAUUCGGAGCCUGACGUAACUAAAAUGGCGAACGAGGUGCGGGGAACGAGGUCAGGGAACGGGAAUUAAAAAGAAAAAUAGGAACAAAACCUAACUUGAAUCGAACCCCUAACAGUAACUUCAUUUCCAAUUCUCUGCUUUGUUUCCAUUUUUUAUUUUCCCGUUCCCUUUGCUUGUUCCCCACACCUCGUUCCCCGUUUCAGUAACAUCCUUGCGAGCCUACAAAGCUAUAAUCCAGUUACUGAGAUUCUGGUCAUAUACGCAUGCCGUAGCCUUGCCCUUAAUACACCUGUUAAUGGACCAAUUUCCGUAUAUUUAAAUUCAAACUUGGCCAAGAGGCUUGAGGAAAUAAAACAAAAGAGAUGUAUUAUUCAUUACGGAGCCUCAAGAUGAUUUUUUUUGCUUUAGACCCAUGCAAGACUAGUAUGAAUUUUAAUACUGAAGAUAUCGAGAUUGGACUAUUAAAGCAGAUGAACAGCCCUAGCUGGUUGCAGGAACACUGACCAGUCAAUAUUAAAUUGAUCAACCUUUUUGUUAUUUCAACAGGUUGAAUUCCAUGAUAAGAAGUCAAGAUACACAUCGUAUUUGGUACAUUGUGUGUACUUACACUGAUUUUCCUAGCUUAUGCAAGGGAAUUAAAUUUACUGAUGUUUUCAAUGAUCUAAAUCUGCAAUUAAAAAAGAAUGAUUUAAAAAAAAAAGUUCCUGUGGACUUAAUUGGUGGCUCCAGGCCUGCCUUGUUCCUCAUUAACUCCUGAUAAAUCCUGCAUGAUCUAAUUGUAUGAAUUAAGGGCGGGUACACCGUAAACUGGGGCUUGUUGAGCUUAUACAUCCUAGUAAGGCGAGGAUUAAGGGCGGUAAACUAUCCAUCCGAGAAAAUUUGGUUAUGACGUAACGCGCGCUCGCCCAUUAGACAUAUCACAUCAACAUAAAACUGCAAAAAAAAAAUUGCUCAUUUCAAGGAGUUUCCAUGGACAUGUGCAGACCACUAUCAGAAAACUAAUAACGUGGGCUCAGGUUUGAGGGAGGCUACAAGCCGGACGGAUAUGCCUUACUCACACUGUAGUCUGUUAAUUCGAAGGGGCCAUUCUAAUUAAGGCUAAUUUUUAGAAAUCCGAGAAAAAGCGCUGUAGAUCAAAAAUAAGUUCUUCAUUUUCUUGCUUAAAAUAAACACCGAAACGUCAGAAUAGAGAGUUUAAGCUUCACGUAUACGGCAAAUGGCAAACGUCAGAUUCAAGUUGAUAAUUUUCUCAAAAUAGAAAAUGAGCAGAUGAAAAUAGGGCAAAACAAUUCUCAUGGACAAAAAUUGAGUGAAACUACUAAUCAAGGGGUAGAAAUAAUGAAAAUUAUGAACAGUAAGCGACAAUUAAAGAACACCUGUUUGUCUAUUUUGACAAAUUAUGAACAGUAAGCGACAAUUAAAGAACACCUGUUUGUUUAUUUUGAACCAAACAUGUUCUGGGCAUGCGCAGCCUUCACAAUUUGAAUUCAGUAUAUUGCACCAACCAGAAAAGCUAAACCUAACAGGCCAAAUAGAAUGUUACGCGUCUUUUGUGUCACUCUGUAACUUUGGGUCUCUGUAGGGUCUCUUUGUAACUGUGGCUUAUCCUCUUCAGUGUAAAACACAGAUUUCGAAAGAUGUUUUGGCAGUCCUUCUUGGCUUACAUUCAUUAGGCAGGAACUAAAAAAAUAGUAAAAUGAAUCCUUUCGAUCGAAUGGGCUUGACUCGCUUUUCGAAAACUGAUUAAUACAAUCCUUUUUAGACUAUCUCGAAACUAUAAGUAAAUGUUUCUUCCAAAUGUCUGACUCGUUAGAAUCCAGGAAGCGUAAAUAUCUAAACGGGUCGCGUAAGUCGAACUAGCUGGGGGGAUGGGGUAGAAAGGUCGCCCUUAAAAAUAUGUGGGCGGGGCGGGGCCUAUUUGGAGCACAAAGUAUGUAUCACCGUUGAAACUGUUUGGCUCUGAAUAACACGGAAUUUCCACUGUUAAGUGAAAAUCAUUUACUGAAAUAAAUGCAACAACACUCAUCAUAAAAUUAAAACCACUCAACAAGCCUAAGCACUAAAUAUAAACACCGACAAGCCCAGUGAUAAUCUAAUCUUGACAGCUUAUUUCGGCGACCCAUAAUGAUAAUAAUAAACAGAAAAAAGAAACUAUACUGAAUUAAAUUAACUUAUCAUAAGUAAAGAGCUCUAAUUAUGUAUAAUUUUUUCACAGAAAAAAACCAAUCCCUACACGCUUUAAAACGCUUACCACGAUCACAGGCUAACUGGCUUUAGAAAGGACAGAAAAAUCUUUGAAAUUGUGUUAUGUUUUGUGGACGCGUGUUAUUUGCAUAGAAGUGGUUCGUCCAUUUGAACCUUAUUAGAGCGGUUUUCACUUGACUGUCGAAAGGGACUGGUUUUGGUUUUGGUUUUACUACGCCCUUUGGUUGGCUAGUGUAUUUACUUUGGUUUUGGUUUUACGACAAUCAAGUGAAAACCGCUCUAUUUCAUCUUAUCGUGUUCAUGGUUUGCGCAUGGCCGGCUUCCGGCCCUUUUUUCAUAAUUGAUUAGCUGACACGGCUACGUAAAGAUUUCUCUUAGCAUAAACUUUGUCACUCGAUAAACAUCAUUUUGCUUUUAUUGAAUUAAAAUGUUUACUUGCAACGUCAGACCUUCAACAUCGGAAAAUUUGAUGUUAGUCCCCCGAGGACUCAAAACGUGGUCCGAGAGGUGUUUGCAAAUGAGAUUUAAGUUACUAAGUACACUAACUGAGAGCUAUCCAUCGGUGCAUAGACUUAAAGGUUGGCCGAGAGGACCGUGGCUCCCCUUUUUUCUAUUUCGGUAAAAUAAAUAAUGUCUAUAUAGCUGGCAAGUGUCCCGGUCACCCCUUUUGAAUUUUAACCGCUGGAUCUGGAGCACUUGCAGUUUCGUCUUAGGUUUCCAUGCAGAAACAGUUGUCUGAAUGAAUCACCAAUGAGUUUCUGACAGUUUCUGAUUGUUGUAUCUACGUCUUCAGUGUGUGGCUGUUACGAGCAGGCAAAUUGCAUUUCUCUUAACAAGGCCUGUAAAUUUAAGACGUUCAAUUUACAGUGAAUCUUUUGUGUCAUCGUGGUUAAGAUUUUUGACUUAACUUUGACAGAAGAAGUUUUCAGGUUUGCUUGCUUAUGAUUGAACAGCUCUGGCUUUGCAGACAGGAAACAUCUUUGCAUGGAAUCAGCUUUAUCAACCUUUCGAAGCUGAAUUGACAGGCGCUUUAUGAGCCAAGCGGGGCGAACGCGAUAUUUCGCGCGCAGCGCGACACGAGCGCGGAAGCGCGAGCGUCUUCUAGCCAUGUCGGAGAUAGUGUUAGCACUGAUACCUGACCAAGAGUUGAAUUCAAAGAGGAAAAAAUUAUGCAUAUUAAAAAAUUCAGUUGAUACAUGACACUAAAACUACAUAUUAUGUGUUUGCAUUUGUAUUAGUGGCAAGGUUUCUUGCCCUUGUUUUCAUGUAUUAUUUAUAACGUUUUCCUAUUAUGUGAGGUCGUUUCAGAGCAGUUUGGGCGACAAACUCACUGCAUUAUGCCUACUUACCAGUGUCCAUACAGCUACCUCUCUGUUAUCGCUCCAUGGGAUCAGUAUACGUUCCUGGGAAACUGCCCACCUACCCCUCCCCCAAGUAGGCUCUUGCCGAUUGUUCUAGCAUAAUUUUUGGCAUAAUCUGAGGAAUUGAGCAUAAUUUUUGCCCUUUUUCCAAAAGUAGCACUGCUAGCAUAAUCCGUAUAUUUUCUUGUCUUAAUAGCACAAUUUUAGAAUAAUUCAAGAAAACGAAGAUCUCAGCUACUAAAAACGAUAGAUUACUAUUAACAGUUGCUUCCACUCCUAUUUUUCGAUUUUUUUUUUACUUGUGUUGAGAUACCGCGGGAGUUCGAUGAAACGGAACCGGAAGUCUGUGUCUCGGUCCCAGACUCCUUAGUCUUUCUCCCAGUGCUCGUUUCAAAAUGGCGGCCGCCACGCCAAACCAGUCAAGUGCAGUGAACUUACAUCCAGAUAGUUUACAAGGUUGCGAGAACAGAGAGGAUAGACCAAAGCCUGCACAACUUGCCCGGGAUAGACGAUAGAAUAAUUUUUUAAAAAAGUAGCAUAAUUUUGAAAAGCGAGCAUAAUUUGAGCAUAAUUUGGGCAAAAAACGAGCACUGCCACUAGCAUAAUAUGCCACUUUUACUAGCACAAUCGGCAAAUGCCUACCCCUAAGCCAACAUUUUGCCCUAAGUCAGAAGUAAGUGUUAAUGUUGGCUUAGGGGAGGGGUAGGUGGGCAGUUUCCAAGUGUAAGUUUCCUUGUGGAAUCCGUGAUCCUGGGCAUUGGAAUCCGUGAUUGGUUUUAAAGAAUCCGAAAAUCCUGAAUCCGCUGACGAUUGGAAUGUGGAAUCCAGUACCUGGAAUCCGGAACCCACAGCUUGGAAACCAGAAUCCUGGACUCUCUUGAAUUACCUUACAAGAGGCAACUGUUAAGUUGGCUCUGAAUAUAGCAACUUCUUACAACCCUCAUCUUUAAAACAUACAGUUUAACCUCCGCUAAUGACCACCUCGCUACAAUGGCCACUAUUUUUGCGUACAUUGACUCUUGUUUAAUACCUCUCUACAACGGUCACCUUCUUACAACUGCUACUUUCUUCUACCCUCAAGGUGGCCGUUGUAGAGAGGCUCAACUGUAGACUAUAGAGUGUUUUCACAUGACGUCACGGCGGCCAUAUUGGUGUCCCAAAACAAUGAAACGGCGGCCAUGUUGGUGUCCCUAACCAAUCCUGUGGGAGUUGAACUCUUUUCUAAUGCAAACGCUUUCUUUUGUUCCAAUCAAUUUGCAUAGAUGCUGGCCACGUGAGUGAAAACACUCUAUUCUAUAUAAGUGACGAAUCCAGGGGAGGGGCCAGGGGGGGGCGCCCCCUUAUUUUUUGAUCAAACAGAAGCCUAGCCUCCCACGCAGGCGUUUUUAGGGGAGCUCGUUUUUCAUCCCUCCCCACAAACGCCUGCUCAAGCGAAGACAACAUUCCUUUCCCAAGCUUAGCUAAUCACAUUGUACUUUCCAAAUUCUGGAAAUUUGACUUUGACCGCAAGGUAAUCUGAUAAUUACCUGAUCUGCAUUAAACACUGGGAAAGCUUCCUGACCUCUAAUAAAUGUUAGAUUCAGAGCGUCAAAGAUAAGGUUUGGUCAAAAUUUAGAAUACUCCAUGCACUGCAUAACCUUAGCGAAGAAAAGAAAAGACGAAAAACGGUAACUCUAGGGUCACGUUCAGCCGUGUUUAGCCUGUCAACACUUUAUUUCACAAUUGUUGAUUGGUCACUUACCACGCAAAUAAAACAAUGGGAAAGAAACGUUGUUUUCGGUUGGACAGGCGUUUGUGGGGAGGGAUGAAAAACGAGCUCCCCUAAAAAUGCCUGCGUGGGAGGCUAACAGAAGCCCGAAGGAAACCCAGACCAGACCGUGUUAUGAAAGCAGAAGGGAUCGAAGGUAUCUUAAAUGGACUGUUAUUGUUUUGCUACGAGCUCAUUCCUGUCUAACUAUAAUGCAAAUGUCUGCAUUGACCGAGCGCGCUGGAAAUUCGGUAAUAAAACUUUUAUUAUUUUAUGAGCUUUCAGCGAGCAAAUGCAACUGCUAUACGCAUAUGCUACAGCUGAGUUUACCUUUAACACUUAGUAAUGGUAAUAGCAUGAGUGGCGUACAAUUUAGGGAGAAUCAGUCUUAAUUUCAGUGACAAGAAUGACUAAUUGCCGGUCCACAUCAUUAAAAAUAGAAUAAUAAUAUAUUUGUCUCAUUGGUCUUACAGUAAGCUUAAGCUGGAAAGUGACAAAAGAAAAAUACCGAGGAAAGUACUGAAAAAGAAAAAUUUAAAAUUUAAAGCACAAAGAAUAAAUUUCUAGAGAAACAAAGAAAGCCCAAACAUUGUUCAGGGCAAAAACAUUCGAUCAAAUCAUACUUGUAAAUGCACUUGUAAAUAUUUUAUGAGGCAGCCACCGAUGGCAAAUUAUUCGUAAAAGACAAAUUUCUUAAAAUUCCUCACGUUUCCCAGCAAUCGAAACUGCACUUUGCUAUUUGCAAAUAGGCAAGAAUAAAACGGAAUGCAAAAAAAAUCUGUUUUUGACUGCCCACACUUUGUUCUAUUCAAUAACCAGUUUAUUGUUUCCAAGGAAGACAAACUAACUUUACCGAAAGUUGUCUAUAAUAGAUCCCCUUUUGUCCAGGUGGUACAAGUGUGUAAAGUAUUUGGUCUUUUUAUUGUCAUCUUGUGGUCGAAGGUUUGAUUUCAAAAGAAGCUCUUUUAAGAUAAUCGUGGCUUCUCUUGUCCUUUUUUCCUUCCUUGUUUUGCUUUGCUUUGUUUCCAGGUUUUUUACCGGUCAACAAAGGAUCUGCAUCGCGAAUAUGCAAUUUUUUUGCUCUGAACGAUGAUCUAAACGUGGACACACAUUUCUUUCAACAAACACUACCAUUUGCCUAUAUUUGAUCAAUUUGCGGUCUAUAUUUGAUCAAUUUGCGGUCCAUUAAGCUCGUUAGUCAUCGCUAAUAUAGUUGUCAUUCUUCUUAUUUUGUUUACAUUUUUUAUCAUUAUUUUUCGAUCACGUAUAUGGGAGGAUCCGCACUUCUUAUGCAUACAGCUUUAACAAAGUUUCCCAGGUGAUCUAUCUCAAGGCUUAAAAAUGUUAUAAAAGAGACUGGGAAGAUCAUAAAAGUCCAAAGCGGAAGUCUCUUCAAGAGAAGAACCCAAGUGAUGAUUUCUCUCUUUUUUCUCGCUUUAUGCGGCCUCGUGCCCUCCUUUUCUGAAGGUUAGUGAUAAAGCACUAUUAAGUUAAACCGUUGUACUGUCUCCCUCAUAGCUUUGUCGACUAGUUGUUAUCGGAAUGUUCCGUUUGUAACUACUCUAACCGAAUCUUGUAGUUCUUGAUUUUUUUAAAAAAAUAACUGCCAGCAGUCAAAAUUGCCAGGGAAAAAGCGCAACUAAACUGGCAAUUAAUUGAUCUGAUUGAUUGGUAUUGAAAGCAUUUUCACUGAACAGCAUGCAUUAACUGGGUAAAAAGCACAUACAAGGUGGAAGCUCUCGUGAGCGGACACCCUCGCCGUGGACGGCAAAAAGGCGUCCGAGAGUGGAACUGUUUACUUAAUGUCAAAUAAACUGAGUUUGUAUGGGAGUUGAGAAAAAAGGGGUUCUGUAAUGGUGGCCAUAAGUAGAGCUGUUCGCUUAGGAGAGUGUCCGCUGUGCAAAGGUUCAACUGUAGUUAGUUUAACUUCAAUUAAAAGCGUGGUGAUUUUCAUGGUAUUUUAAUGUUUCUAGUUUUAUAUUUCAAUACUCAGUAGUAUUGCCUCAUUGAUUUCAGUCAGUAUAAGGUGUUUCUUCCUUAACGGUCACCUCUUUACACGGGCCAUUUUUGUUUUUUUUUUUUUUUUUCGGCGGACGGUCCAUACAUGACAUACAUUCACUCUUCUUUCAACCUCUCUACUAUGGCCACUUUCUUCGAUGUCCCUAAGGUGGCCGUUGUAGAGAGUUUCAACUGUAAUUUGAUCAAAUUGAAAUAAUUGGAAAAUAAAGAAAAAAUAUCGCCUCGCAAAAACGGCGAGUUUUACUUAAAGAAAGAACGCAUUACUUAAAGUGAAAGAACGCAUUCACAAAUUACUCUGACUGUUUUACAUUCAACGAAGUACUGGCUUCAUUGUUGAAUCUCCUUUAUCGCUUCCUUAUUUUAAGUCCGCGGACUUCAGUUUUGGGAACGGACAAUUUGUUAAAAGAAAGGGGCCUGGAAACAAUAGAGUGAAGGGACACCUGGUCAGCGGGCUUGUUCCUUUGCACAUGCUCAAUCAGGCUCGUUGAUUUGGCGUCCAUUUUGAAAGUGUCCAACGGUUUCAAACUUGCUUCUUUGAAAGUUUGGAGAUCGUUCCUAUAUUAUGUUUCUUGAUAGCAUCACAGGACAUCUUAAGGUUGUUACAAUUUAUAAUGGUACUAUCAGCGUUUAGUAAUCGAUCACUUCUCAAGUGUGCAGCAACCCUUUCGGGACGAGAUACUCAGUCAGAAAUGGAGGCAGAAACAUCGCGUGAAGCGCAAGCAUUAACACUGGAAAGUUCACAACACAGAGCAAGACUGUAUUACUAAGGCUCUUCGAUACUCAAGAUCUCGCUGGAAAGAGCAGAUAGUAAGGCAAGGUAAGUUGUCCUGGCUCGCCUUUUCUCUAACUUUUUAAACUUAAUUCCGACUUGUUUAUGAUGAGUUCGAAUGACUGUGUCAAGUACUCAGUAAGUAACAUUUCAGUGAGCAAUGAAACCAGCAUUAACCGUUUAAAGUAAAUUAUAACUAAACAGGUAUAUUUAUUUGGCAUAACCUUUCAAUACUAAGCAAGCAACGAGACCAUGACGAUGAAGAUGAUAAUGUAAAAUCAUGUAAGGACUUUGGGGGUCUGAAGGAGUAGAAUUUCCUUGUUUUGUACUGGAAAAUAGGAGUUUGGUCACUGGUACUGGGAAUUACUAAAAGAAAAUAAUGGAAUUAAGAAAGGACAUCUGUAUAAAGUAAGCUUACAUGUAAUGUGAUACAAACAUUCUUAUGAAAAUUUUCACAGACUAUAGAAGAACUAAUAAACAGAAUAGAAAAGUGUUAACAAGUGUUGAAUUUGCAAGUAGGCAAAGAUAAUCUACGUAGUCUGGUUCUAUAUUUUCAUGUGUCAGUCAAUAACAAACCCAAGCUUCCCAAUUCCCUGGGCGAACAAAACUUCUCUGCAAUCCAGGUCAUAAGUGGUGAAUAAUUUAACAGCGUGCAUGUAUUUUUUGAAGCAGGUACAAAAGUUUAUUUUUGAUUUUAAAUUACGUGGGUUUUAACUUAAAUGAACAGAGAAUGAAUAGACAUUUUCAUGAGUCUUUCAAUGCAUAGCUAAUGCAGACCAUGAUUGAAUUAGAAUGUAUUUUCAUUUAAGUGCCAACAUAGUUGUUAACAUCUUCACAGUUUCAUACCUUCAUCUGCAGUUCAAAGUAUGAUUCAUUUCAUAUAUUACCAUUAAUUUUAAUCUUCUUUGUGCACUGCUCCUAUGAAAUUAUAUUGUGGUUCUUGAGAGGAUACAGUGCAGCACAUACUGUCAGGAAAUUGAAUGCCUUACUUUUUGGGAAGCAAAGCACACAGUCAUGUUAGAAACCAGAAAUUGUUCUAUUUGCACCAUUGUUGUAUCGUCAGUAAAUCUAGGUUUAAAGGAAAAUAAAAUUUAAAGAAACAAGUUGUGAAAGAUAAGACAUCUUAAGAGAGUCAUGGCAGACAUAGCUGUUUUGGAUUCUCUUGUCUACAUACACCAUUAUUAAUCUGCAAAUACAACUGUCUCUCUUGUGAAAUGUCCCUGGUGGCAAGAAAAGAAAAUAGGCUGCUUUAUUUACAGGGUACACUGUACAUUGUUAUUAGGAGGCAUUGUUUUCAAGAUUGAGGAUAAGGGCUUUAAAUGGCAAAGUGGCUUCACUCUUGUUACAUUAACUAGGAACCUUGAACGUUUUGUAUUAAAAAGGAAAAAAAAUAUAUUAGGUAAAGUUUCAGGAAAAUUUGAAACUUUUGGGAAUAAGGUGCUUAUAUGUUUCUAUAUUUUCCCUGAAAGUCUUUGGUGGAGUUCAUGAGAAGGCUAGGAAUGUUUAUUGAUUUAGUUCGGACAUGUAAACCUUUGAUAUGACUUGUCUGUGGGACAAGCACAUUUUCAAUUAGAAAAAUAAAGAUAAGAAACAGUUGCCUUAAAUAUUCCAUUUAACGUUGCCAUUCCACUGCCAGUCGUUUCAUCCAUUUGCUUUUUUACAAACUCUGUUGUAGGUUUGAUUCAAAAAUAAUAUACAAGGGUAAUAAUGUGAUUAAAUAAUGCGAUUAAAAACAUAAAUGCCCGUUGCAAGCUAAACUUUUUGGACAAGAACUCUAGGUUUCAGAAAACCAAAUUUAAUGUAUUGCUUGUGUGAAAGACAAGUGGAUAGGAAAAUUUCUCUCUUACCAGGGGGCAAAGAAGGUGAUUUUUAAAGCUUGCCAUUCGGGCAAGCUGAAGCUAGCAUAUACUAGCCCAAAUGUCAUUUCAACUAGUCCCCAAACUGUUUUGAUGAGCAGAAUUGAUUUCACAGUUCUUCUUUAAUUUGAAUUCCUCAAAAAAACUUCACUUGCCCAUCGGGCAAGUUAAGUUCAAAAUUCACUUGCUCGAUAGCAAAAUCCACUAGCCCCGGGCUAUCGGACACUACUUUCUUUGCGCACUGCUUACUCUCUAAUAAUAAUAAUAAUGUACAUCCAGUGGUUUUUCAUAGCACUUUACAACAAUAUUAAUGAAUGAUACUUUUAUAAAAAUGCAUACAUUAAAAUAAAAAAAGAUAUACAUUGUAAAACAUUGAACUCUAAUAAUAUAAUAAACCAUUGUUAAUAAAUUUAACAUAUAUAUAUGCUUCAGUCUCCCCAAUUAGUAAGGCACUGUGCCUGUGAGACUUUAAUAAAGUUCAUUAUUAUUAUUAUUAUUAUUAUUAUUAUAGGGUUUCCAUGUAGCAUUUUACCCUGAUUUUCACUCAACUGCAAGUAGGGUUCUAAAUGUAAAUAUUAUUGCCUUUAAGGAAAGCCUUUAACUCAUACUAGUCAAACAUUUAGAAUCUUUAACAGUCAGAUGAAUCUUAUUCAGUUGUGUGCAUUUGUGGACAUUGAAAUCAUUUGCUGCUCAGGUUUUGCACUGUUAUUAGACCCCUUGUGGAAAAUGCCUUAUCAUUUUUUUCAAAUUUUUAGUCUUGGUUUGUGAAAAGAGGCAUGUGGGGAACCCUGUGCCAAGUAAAAUUGUGCUGAUUGUAAUAAUUUGGCCAUAAGUGCAGGAAAAAAUAUUAGUAAUUAGUAAUAGCAGGUGUUGUCCUCUGGCAACUUAGGGGGUGUUUACAUGACACCAGGCAACUUUUGCCCGAAGCGAGUUCACUCCGGUUCCCUCUCAUAGCUCUAUAUUUGUUUACAUGACACCACCACAAAAUGUCAUGCAGGCGCGAGUCACCCCAGCAUGAGUUCACCCCGGUUCUUGUACCGGGGCGACAAUUUCACUCGCGCCGGUGUGAGUUUUCUCAUGUAAACACGCCCUUACUGUACAUGUACUUGUGCCUUUAGUCCCUGAUUAAUAAUGGUAAUUGAACUAAGUGGAGAGCAAUUUGGUCUGAAAUCAUACGCGUAAUUUCAAAAUCGAACGAGCGCGCAGUGUGAGUUCGAUUUGAAAUCACAAGUAUGAUUUCAGACCAAAAUUGCACGACACGAAGUUCAAUUACCACUUUAUAUUACAUCCAUUUUGAAAUCGCAGAAUUUAGUCAGCACUAAUAUUUUAUUGUUUGAGUAGCCGGUUUGUUAAAAAGCCGAAACAAAAAGGCUUUUACAUCUCACUUUUUGUAUUCGAAACAGAAAGGAUGCGCUAUAGAACAAAAAUGGUGCGAUUUAAAACAGAAAUGGUGCGAUUUAGAACAUGAAUGACGCGAUUUGGAACAGAUGCGAUUUAGAGCAAAAAAUGGUGCGGUUUAGGAAUAAAUCACACUGCUGAGAGCCAAUCAGAUUGCAUGGAUAGCCAGUGAUUUCAAAGUGGAUGUAAUAAAGUGUAUUAUCACUAGCCUUCAAAUAAUCUGUGUAGUUUACUCAAAUAAUACUUGCUUUCAAUUUUUAUUCAGCAGAUCAGCCUGGUAUGGGAUGUUGGUGACAGAAAGUCCUCUCAAAGCAAACAGGAUUAAUACAUGUUAAUUACAAGCCUUAGUCUUGUAAAGUGGUUCCAGGGCUGUGACUAAGGGCCAUAAACCAGACUUUAAAUUGGCUACUUUGAGCCCAAUACUUGGCUGUUUUGAGAGGUAACGAAACUUUCCACAUUUUCAAUGUCCCGCUCACUAACUUCACUUACCCUGCAACUUGCAAUCUUAGUGACAGCCUUGUGCAUCUAACUUUUACAUCAUCAGCUUAUGAAAAUGAUUUGUUAUUUGGAUUUUGUUGUUAAAUUUGACUGUAAACACUUCUGGGAGUGAAAGGGCUAAAUCAAGAAACCAUCAAUGUUAUACAUGUAUAGGCUUUCAGUCUUUUUAUUUCUUAUCUAAAAUUGUUUAAGCUUUUAAUUUGAAUUAUGCUAAAUUAUACUAAUUAAUAUUUUCAUUUUGGAAGAGACCAUUUUGACCCACAUUUACAUUAAUUUGUGUGUUAGAAAAGUUGCUCUUUUUUUAUCAAAAUUUAACUUCAUCAGUUUUCUUGUACACCCUGUACCUUACAUGUAAAUGCUAAUAAUUAUUUUAAACCAUAAAUCACCUUAAUUUGGUAUAAUACUAAGUUAAGACGAUUUUUUUGGAUAUUUUGAGAAGACUGUUUUGACCCAUUUGAAAAGUUUAUGUACACUGUAUCUUCUUAUUUAAACCUUAGGUGUUGUAAAAAUUUUCGUUUUUUUAAUUUUUAAUGUAAUGACAAAGAUGCUAACACAGAAAUAAAUCAUGUUAUAUUUAGAAAAUUCAGUUUGAGAGUAUCAUUGUGUUUUGUUUUUUAAAACCUUGUAAGAUCACUCUUUACGGGACUAAACUUAAAGAAUGCGAUUCGUAUUUGCAGCUUUUGCAGCUACAACAAUGUAGCAUACCUGGCGAUUUUCAUGGGAUUUGAAAUGUAAAAAUAAAGAUAGGCAAUUUGAAAAUUGGUUAUGGUAAUGCAAAAUUGGAAACGGAAAGGGGCCCUAUUUUUUAAACUACUACUCCUUUGCGUGUCCGCUUAACGCGUAAAAGGAUUGUCUAAAUAAGAUCUUUACACCAACUUUACGCUUCAAUUACGCUGGUUUAAGUCUCUACUUUAAAGCGUAUUUACACCAACUUUACGUUAGCUUAAAUCUCUUCUUUACGGCGUAUUUACACCAACUUUACGCAGGGCUUAAACAGUCUCUUUACGAUACCUUAACGCAUACGCGUAAAGGUACGGUAAAGUUCGGCUUUACGUGGCUGAAAUGUGUCGUAAAGUUACGUAAAUGAGAGCUUUACGCUAGCUUUACGCCACCAUUACGCUAACUUAAAUUUGCCUUUUCGUGCUGUUUAAGUUGACAAAAAAAGAAAAGAAACUUGGACGAACUUGCAUGGUAUAAAAGAAAGUUAGUGAAACAUUUUACCCAGUUGCGUUUUGUCAAUAGGAAGUUAUUUGAUUGAUCGCAACAACCAAUGUUCCCUGUAGGAUGUGGCAUGCGUCCAGCCUUCUCCCGAGUGGUGAAUGGCCAGGACGCCAGCCCUCAUUCCUGGCCGUGGCAGAUUUCUCUUCGUGUGCGUGGAAGGCAUACUUGUGGCGGAUCCCUGAUCAGAGAUGACUGGAUCGUAACUGCGGCACAUUGUGUUUAUAGAAACCCAAACCCAAGUGGAUACACGGUUGUAGUAGGUACGUUACAAUAUACAAACUGACCAAUUUGAGUUUAUUGAGAGAAAUCACAACUUCACUACAGCGACUAAGAAGGCUAUGCAAUCUAAAACUCUUGUCCUUCUUUAGCAAUACACUCCCGGGGAAUUCAAGGGAAAUUUGAGCAGGGAUGUGCCACCGAGGCCUUAAAAGCCUUACCUUUUCGGUUUAAGACAAAAAUCAUUCAUCUGACCAGCCUGUUUAAGAGAAGAGACCUUAUUUCACGACCCUGACCCACAUUGUCUCGCACACGGAAAUUAAGUAAUUAUAAAACUAGCAUCAUAGAAUACUCAAAUCUUUUUGUGAAAAGAUAGUUCAUACCACUCACGAACAACUAGACCGUUCAUCGUCAACCUUCAGAUUAUUUUCCAGGCUUUCGAUCCAAAAACACACCCUGUCCAAGACGUCAAAUAGUGAAAUUAUCAGAGAUUGUAUGUAUGACCUAUUCAAUACUCAAGACCCCCAAAAAACCAUACCCCAGUGUUCAUCGGCACGUGCAUACCCCUCUGGGCCUCAUAAGGGAGUUUCCCCUUGUAUCCUUUGUACCACUUCAAUGAAAUUCUAGAUAAAUUAUAAAAACCAGUCAGCCAAAGGGCCAUUGGCUCCUGCGAACUACAAGUCAGUGUCGUGCGAUAGGUAAGUACUUUUAAAACAUCCUUAGGUACCUCCAUCAGGGACUUGUAACUCAACUGGCAAGCACUGGAACAUAGUGCAACUUUUACAAUUUUGAAUUAUUCGGCUACUUACUUGAACUUUUCUUUAUUUUUUCAAGUGCGUAAAAUGAUACCACUAUCCUGCAAAUAGUAGUCCGAUCCAGUCAUUAUUUCAGAGGCUCAGCCGGGGUGUAGUAGUAUACCUGUCCAUAAUACCCGAAUUAAUUAAGCCAUUUUCCCAAGAUUCCCAAGGUUUUUCUCAAAGUUAAUCUAUUCAUAAAGGAAACGUAGUGCUGGGUGCUGUUUGAGACUGUUUUAGGAACGCUGAGCCGCUCACUUUUAUAACAUUACAGGCGGCCACAGGCGAACUGGAAACACUUCUGUACAACAAACACUUAAAGUGAAAACUCUUCAUAGACACAGUGGAUUCACCAUGGAGAAUCUCCAAGUCUUCAAACAUGAUGUGGCAGUUCUUCAGUUGGAGCGACCCGUGAAACUGAGUGACAAAGUAAAUACAAUUUGUCUUCCAGACAAGGAUGCAGCCUUGGACUCCAAAUGUUACAUAACAGGUAGGGUUUGAUUUUCACGCGCUUUUUGAUGCCGUAAAACGUUGUCAAUCACCUGCAGUACAUUAUGCUUUUGUUUCCCCACAAAAAUGCUCCACCUUAAUGCUCUGGCUAUUUUUCUCCACUUAGUAAAUGCUUGGUCUCCUCCCAAAACUCACUACAAUGUUCGAUAAAGCUCAUCAUUCCGAGGAUUUCCCUUUUUUUAAUUAACUUUAACGUUUCGGAAUUUUACCUUAAAAUUUUAUUUUAAAGUUUUCUUAAAGUGCUCGCAUUCUCUUAAAUCUUUUUUUUUUUAAUUUUCAUUUUUUUUCCAAAAAAGACUGACAGUAGCUUUCCGGGAAAAUUACUCUAAAAUGCGCGAAUAAUACUUAAUGCUUUUGCCUCACUAAAAUGCUCGAAAAAAUAAUGCGAGCAUAAUGUGCAAACGCCAUCGAAUCACUGAGACAACUUCGGGACCAUAUUAUCAUUAUCAUUAUUACUAUAUAUAUAUAUUUUUUUAUCUUUUUCGGACUCUUUCGCGCGAUUAGCCUGCGAAUACAGCCUCUUAAACCUCGUAAAGUAAGUAAAAGCUUUAUUUAUGUGUCAGUGUAUUUAGUUUUCACAACUAAUCGGGGACACACAAAAAAAAUUAAAAUUAUUUAAAAAUAAGGAAUUAAAAAAAGUAUAUACAAUUAAAGUAUGUAGCAUGUAUAAAUUGUACAAUAAAACAAUAGGUAUAUAAAACGUAGUCUCUAAAAAUUACAAAGGUUACAGCAGCUACUGUUGCUGUUUAAGACUGACGUUGUCUUUUUUCCUAAUGUUCUUUUUAAAAGGUUCAAUAUUCGAGGAACCUUUCAAUUUUUAUCUAUUUUCGACCAUAUAUGAGGUCCUUGAUAUCUAAGAGAAUGUUUUCCAUGGUUAAUAGUGUUAAAAGUAGGAAUAUCAAAAUCAUUGUUUCUUAGUGAAUAACUGGUGCUUUUCUGCUUAAAUAGUUCGUUCUCAGACAGAGAAGCCUGAGAACGAGAUUGCAGCCGCCUAUCAUCCGUCUUUGUCCCCACUGCUUCUCUUCCAUUUCUUUAAGGGAAAGCCCUGGGGAUGAGGUUGUUUAUCAUCGCUUCCCUUCGAUUCCCCAGUGAGGUUUCGCGAGAUGCAUUUUGGUUAAAAAAGAAUUCCAUUGUACUGAUAGACAAAUCGGAAACAUUAUAGAUCGUAGAAAUGACUUCAACCCAUGUAGAACCACGAGCCGCAUGGUCAAAGCAUUUUUCCCAAUUUUUUAUCACCGCCUAAAAGUAGAAGAAGUCCUCGUGGUGCUAUUACGUUACGUAGAUACGUAAUAGCACCAAACUUAACGUCAGAGGUAUAAGCGAUCACUUCUAUUCGCCUUUGAUAAGUAGACUCAUAGGCUUGACAUCCGAAUGAAAGGCUUUCUUUUUCUGAAAAAAAAAUAAUAAUAACCGGUAUACUUCUUCUAUUUCGCUACAUUUACUCUAUUUAUUUAAUAUUUAUUCAUUUAUCUAUUUAUCUUUUUUAUUUUUGGCGAGUAAAUCUCUAUUUCUCAUACAACCUCACGCUUCAGAACGUUUAUAGUCUACUCUUUGUAAACAUCGUGGUCUGAAUAGCAUGUUAUUACUACGAGCAGUCUCUCUUUUUUCUGUAGUCCGUCGGGCAAAACUCGAGACACGCAAUUGGCCACGCGCGUGACUGAUGGGGCCAGUCUCUCUUUUUUCUGUAGUCCGUCGAGCAAAACGCGAGACACGCAAAUGGCCACGCGCGCCCUCGUUUCGCGCGUCUCGCGGCUUUGCCACUCCCGCGCGCGUGCAUUGCUCUCAGUAAAUCUGAAGAAAAAGAGAGACUGCUCGCAGUCUAUUGUUUUUUACCUUUUUUACCCCUCCCCUAAGCCAACAUUAUCCGUUAGUUCUCCCUUGGGGCAAAAUGUUGGCUUAGGGGAGGGUAGGUGGUCAGUUUCCCAGAAACCUAAAGUAACAUUUCGUGUUAUCAUUAGUGUUUCUGUAGGCUCAAAGUUGCUCAACAGUAUUUUGUAAAUUCGAGUUGCAUGCUGUUAGGCAAGAAAACCUUGCUUAAAUUUGGCUUAUAAUCCCAGGUCUGUCUACAUGGAGGUGGGGGACUGCAGGUAGGUGAGGUAACCCGUUUAGGUGGGGUAACCUGCCUGUCCAUAUAAUCUCUCAUUUUAAUUUGAUCACGUUUACUUGAUAGGUGGGGUGACCCGCCGCAUGCUACCUCACCUAUCUGGGGUUCCCCACCUCCAUGUAAACAGGCUCUUAACAGGAGCCGAUUACUACAAGUAAUCGGCUCCUGCUCUUAACCAUCUUUCGAGGAACCGUGGCCAGAUAAGUACAUGUAUUAUGGAAACCAAUUGUACUAUUCACUGGAUAGAGAUUUACCCAGUGGAUAGCGCUGUCCACCUUUUGAACAUUUCGUCGCCCAGAAUGCCGCGACACAUCCGGGACCUUCUUACCGUCCAGAGCACCAAAUUUUAAAAGCUUCCUUCUGACAAAGUAGCCAAAAUACAAAGAGAGUGAAGAGAAAUAGCGGAACAAGGUGUACGUUUUACUCCAUCACAAAAAGCUCAGUGUUUUGGCGGUUAAGUUUAACCUGGCUUUUUCAGAAGAGGUGUCGAGAAAUCAGUUAAGACUAUUCUCAUUUCCCUGGGACUUGUAAGUAUCCAUUUAUGCACUUAACGUUUGCUCACUUGUAGGGUGGGGUCUUAUUUCUGGCGGAGGACCACUAGCAGAUAUCCUGCAACAAGCCAAGCUACCCCUGGUCUCCCAUACUGACUGUAGAAAAAUGUAUGGCUCAGUGGAUCGCAAUGCUCAUUUGUGCGCUGGCGAGGGACGCGCAGCUGCCUCAGGGGGAUGCUAUGGGGACAGUGGUGGACCACUGGCUUGUGAGAUGGGAGGAAAGUGGUAUCUACAUGGAGCUGUCAGUUUUGGCAAGCGAAACUGUCCUACUACUCACUUCACCGUGUUUGCCAGGAUAACGAGCUACAAAUCAUGGAUUCUGAACAAAAUAGGUGAUUAA